AUGAUCGUACUAGAGAACAGACGAAAUCAGCUAGAAAUUGUUACGGCGAUUAUUGUAAUGGUUAUUGUUAUGGACAAUGUGCUGACGGAGAAGAAUAAAAUGCACACAGAGAACUCGUUUUAUUCGCCAAGGAAUCAAGGAUCUAAACUUGCAUUGUUAUAG